CCAAACAAACAAGAUGACAAUGCACUUUGGAGAAAAAGGUCUGGUAAUUCUUAAGAUCCAUGAGUGUGAGCACUCUGACAUUGGUCUUUACAAGUGUCAGGCUCAUAGCAUGGCUGGACGGUGCCAGAGCUCGGCCAAACUCAUCGUAUAUGGUGAUGGACAACCCUCUUUUGGAACCUGGGGCCACAAGGAUACUAAAGCUGUGGACAGCGGACCUUUGGCUCUUUCUGAGUUUACAGGAGACAGUGACUAUGUCCCUCUCAACACCAGAGAUAUUGUAUCAACCUCCUAGACUUUGUAAGUCACUGCCGCAGACAAUGAGGGUCAAGGAGUGGCAGAUGCUGUUCUUUGAGUGCAAAGUGGAGGGAUUCCCAAAGCCAACAGUAACAUGGCUCUGUAAUGGAGAAGAGUUAACCAACAAAGGUCAUGUAAAGAUCAUUGCUGUGAAGAACUACCACACCUGUGAGAUUGCUAGGGCAUAUGCAGAGAGAGAUACUGGCAAGUACACAGUGCGCCUGACUCAUCCCAAUGGAAGUGUGAUCGAAAGCAACUGUGAGGUAGAAAUCCAGCAGGACAUAACUGUACUGUCUGAUGUAAAAGAGAGGAAAAAGUCUGACCUUGUUCUGGAACGUGAAGCUAAAGCUGAACAAUUAGCUGCUAAAUAUGCCAAAAAAGCAGAAGAAUCAUCAAAAUCUGAGACUACAGAGUCUGUAGCAGUUGUGGAAUCAAAAUCUGAAACUGAAUCUGCUGUUGUUAAGACAGCAGAAGAGACAGCCACAAAGGUUGUCGAGGAAGCUGUGGCAGAGGCUGCCGCUAAGGCUACCCAGGAAGUGGUAGAGGAGCCUGCACCUGAACCUGAAGCAGCACCUGCAGCUGAACCAGCUGCUGAACCUGUUGCAGAAUCUGAACCAGCUGCAGCUGUGGAAUCUGCACCUGAGCCUGCUCCUGAAGCUGCACCUGAACCUGCCUCUGAGCCUGCACCUGAGCCUGCACCUGAGCCUGCACCUGAGCCUGCACCUGAGCCUGCUCCAGAAGCUGCAACUGAACCUGCCUCAGAGCCUGCACCUGAACCUGCCCCAGAAGCUACACCUGAACAGGCCUCUGAGCCUGCACCUGAACCUGCUCCUGAACCUGUACCUGAGCCUGCUCCUGAAGCUGCACCCGAACCUGCCUCAGAGCCUGCCUCAGAGCCUGCCUCAGAGCCUGCACCAGCUCCAGUUGCUGAAGAAGCAGCCAAACCAGAGGCUGCUCCUGAGGUAGCAAAGGAAGAUACUGUAGAUGCUGCAGCCCAGCCUGAGCCCUGUGAACCCAGUGUCCCCGAAGAGAAAGAGCCCGCCUAUGUGAGUCCUGAUUUUGUUACAAAACUCGAAAAAGAGUAUCGCUGCUUGGACUCGGACACUAACAUCAAAAUACAGUGCCAGGUGGAGGGCAAACCUCUGCCCGAAGUGUCAUGGGUGAAGGAUAAUAAAAAGCUAAGCCCGAGUGACAAUUUGACCAUUGAGUGGAAUGCUGAUUCUGGUAUCUCCACCCUGUGGUUCAAGAGUCUUACUUUGAAGGACUCAGGAAAAUACACCUGUAUCGUGUCAUCCACUGCAGGCUCAUGUUCCUGCUCGACAACUUUUAUUGUAGACAAGCCAGCAAGGGCCCCUACAGUGAAGAAAGCCUUAGAUAAAGAGUAUUCCUUUAUUACCACGGAUACCAAGGCUACACUUCAGUGUCAAGUGGAUGGUCACCCCACACCAGAAGUCUUAUGGAAAAAAGAUGGAAAGACUUUGGUCAGUGGAAGCAAGCAUGGUCUGGAAUGGGAUGCAGAAACUGGUAAAGCUACCCUGAAGUUCAAGAGUUUGACUGAAGCAGAUUCUGGCUGUUAUGAAUGUUCAGCUUUAUCUUCUGCUGGCUCAGUGUCCUGUUCGACAAAUGUGGCUGUCAAAAAACCUGAAAAGAAACCAGCUGUUGUGGAUGCUCUUAAGAAAGAAUACAGUUUUGUAGAGAGCAAAGAAACUGUUCGUCUUCAGUGCAAAAUGGAGGGCAAUCCAUGCCCAGAGAUUUCCUGGACCAAAGAUGGAAAGAAGUUGGAAGCUACUGAAAACAUGAAGUUUGAAUGGGAUGCCAAAACUGGUGUAGCGGCUCUUGUGUUUACUGGUGUGAGUGUGUCAAACUCUGGCAAAUACGAGUGUGUGGCUACUUCUACAAUAGGGACGGUUAAAUCUGCUACAACACUCACAGUUAAAGAACCAGAAAGAGCACCAUCAGUCAAGGAGCCAUUGGAUAAAGAGUAUAAUGCUUUAGAAUCUGAUGAAAAUGUGUGUCUGAAAUGUAAAGUGGAUGGAAACCCAGUUCCUGAAAUCUCCUGGACAAAGGAUGGUAAGAAGUUAUCUGCAAGUGACAAUGUAAAGAUGGAAUGGGAUGCUGCCACCUGUACAGCUUCUUUAGUAUUCAAACAUCCAAAAUCUGGUGAUUCUGGAAAUUAUGAAUGUGUGGCCAAAUCUUCUGCUGGUACAACAAAUUCUCCAACCAAACUGACCAUCAAAAAACCAGAUGUGAAACCAACUUUUAAGAAGCCUCUAGACAAGACUUAUACCACUACUGAAGGGGGAAAGUCUGUACGACUAGAGUGUCUGGUGGAUGGCUUUCCUAGUCCUCAAAUCUCGUGGAUAAAAGAUGGUAAGGAAAUGAUUCCUGAUGGCAACAUAAUAUCGGAGUGGGAUCCAGCCACUGGUAACGCUGCCCUGGUGUUCAAACAACCAAAGUGUGAGGAUUCUGGUGACUACCAGUGUGUGGCUAAGUCACCUGUCGGUACAACAAACUCUAACACAACACUUACUGUCAAAAAAAUUCCUACAGUGGUUAAACCACUUGACAAGGCAUAUGAGCCUGUUGAGGGAGAUCAGAAUGUUUGUCUGGUGUGUAAACUUGAUGGAUUUCCAGCUCCGGAGGUCACAUGGCUUAAAGAUGGGAAGAAAGUUACACCUGGUGAUAAUGUUAAGAUGGAAUGGGACCCAGACACAGGUAGCGCCGCCCUGGUGUUCAAACAGCCAAAGUGUGAGGAUUCUGGUGACUACCAGUGUGUGGCUAAGUCACCUGUUGGUACCACAAACUCUAACACAACACUUACUGUCAAAAAAAUUCCUACAGUGGUUAAACCACUUGACAAGGCAUAUGAGCCUGUCGAGGGAGAUCAGAAUGUUCGUCUGGUAUGUAAAUUGGAUGGAUUUCCAGCUCCGGAGGUCACAUGGCUUAAAGAUGGGAAGAAAGUUACCCCUGGUGAUAAUGUAAAGAUGGAAUGGGACGCCAACACAGGUAGUGCCGCCCUGGUGUUCAAACAGUCAAAGUGUGAGGAUUCUGGUGACUACCAGUGUGUGGCUAAGUCACCUGUUGGUACCACAAACUCUAACACGACACUUGCAGUCAAAAAAAUACCAACAGUAUUAAAACCACUUGACAAGGCAUAUGAGCCUGUUGAGGGAGACAAGAAUGUUCGUCUGGUGUGUAAACUGGAUGGAACUCCAGCCCCGGAGAUCACAUGGCUUAAAGAUGGAAAGAAAGUUACCCCUGGUGAUAACGUUGCUAUGGAGUGGGACCCAGACACAGGUAGUGCUGCCCUGGUGUUCAAACAGCCAAAGUGUGAGGAUUCUGGUGACUACCAGUGUGUGGCUAAGUCACCUGUCGGUACCACAAACUCUAACACAACACUUACUGUCAAAAAAAUUCCUACAGUGGUUAAACCACUUGAAAAGGCAUAUGAGCCUGUCGAGGGAGAUCAGAAUGUUCGUCUGGUAUGUAAACUGGAUGGAUUUCCAGCUCCGGAGGUCACAUGGCUUAAAGAUGGGAAGAAAGUUACCCCUGGUGAUAAUGUAAAGAUGGAAUGGGACCCCAAAACAGGUAGCGCCGCCCUGGUGUUCAAACAGUCAAAGUGUGAGGAUUCUGGUGACUACCAGUGUGUGGCCACGUCACCUGUUGGUACCACAAACUCUCAUACGACACUUGCAGUCAAAAAAAUACCAACAGUAGUUAAACCACUUGACAAGGCAUAUGAGCCUGUUGAGGGAGACAAGAAUGUUAGUCUGGUGUGUAAACUGGAUGGAACUCCAGCUCCGGAGGUCACAUGGCUUAAAGAUGGGAAGAAAGUAACCCCUGGUGAUAAUGUAAAGAUGGAAUGGGACCCAGUCACAGGUAGCGCCGCCCUGGUGUUCAAACAGCCAAAGUGUGAGGAUUCUGGUGACUACCAGUGUGUGGCCACGUCACCUGUUGGUACCACAAACUCUCAUACCACACUUACUGUCAAAAAAAUACCAACAGUAUUAAAACCACUUGACAAGGCAUAUGAGCCUGUUGAGGGAGACAAGAAUGUUCGUCUGGUGUGUAAACUGGAUGGAACUCCAGCCCCGGAGAUCACAUGGCUUAAAGAUGGGAAGAAAGUUACCCCUGGUGAUAAUGUAAAGAUGGAAUGGGACCCAGACACAGGUAGUGCCGCCCUGGUGUUCAAACAGCCAAAGUGUGAGGAUUCUGGUGACUACCAGUGUGUGGCUAAGUCACCUGUUGGUACCACAAACUCUAACACAACACUUACUGUCAAAAAACUUCCAACUGUAAUUGAACCAUUAGAAAAGUUCUACGAUUCUGUAGAGGGGACUGAAAAUGUCCGACUUUUCUGUAAGAUUGACGGAAAUCCAUGCCCAGAUAUAUGCUGGUUGAAAGAUGGUAAGGAGAUUAAGCCUGAUAACAAUAUUGCUAUGGAGUGGGACCCUGCAACUGGUAGCGCCGCCCUGGUGUUCAAACAGCCAAAAUGUCAGGAUUCUGGUGACUACAAGUGUGUGGCCAAGUCACCUGUUGGCACCACAAACUCUAGCACCAUACUUACUGUUAAAAAGGUACCAGGAGUUGUCCAGCCACUGGACAGUGUCUAUAAAGCAACAGAAGGGGACGAGACUGUCCGCCUUGUUUGUCAGGUGGAUGGAAACCCUACCCCUGAUAUCACAUGGUUAAAAGAUGGGAAAGAGGUCAUUCCUGGUGAUAAUGUAAAGAUGGAAUGGGACCCGGAUACAGGUAGCGCCGCCCUGGUGUUCAAACAGCCGAAGUGUGAGGAUUCUGGUGACUACCAGUGUGUGGCUACGUCACCUGUCGGUACCACAAACUCUCACACGACACUUAAUAUUGAUAAACCACCUACCAUCUUAAAGCCGUUAGAGAAGAGUUACACGUGUAAAGCGGGUGACAAGAAUGUACGUCUUGUUUGUACGGUGACAGGAAAACCUGCCCCUGAAGUUACCUGGUCAAAAGGUGGGAAGACAAUAAAAUCAAGUGAUUCCAUCAAAAUCGAGUGGAAUGCCACAUCUGGCAACGCCGCCCUGGUGUUCAAACAGCCAACGUAUCAGGACUCUGGUGACUACCAGUGUGUGGCCACGUCACCACUUGGUAGUACUAGUACCUCUACUACUCUCAAGGUGAAAAAACCAGAGAAGAAACCAGCUGUUGUCCAGCCAUUAGACAAAGAGUACAACUUGAUUGAAACCAAGGAGACCAUCACGCUGACCUUUAAGGUCGAUGGGAACCCUGUGCCAGAAGUGUCAUGGUUAAAGGAUGGCAAGCCUUUGGAAGCAGGAGGAAACAUUUCUUUUGGCUGGAAUGCCGAGACUGGAUCAGCAAGCUUGGUUUUCAAUGGAGUUAGUGUGAAGGAUUCUGGGAAAUAUGAAUGUGUGGCAACAUCAACCAUCGGAAAAACAACCUCCAGUACCACCAUAGCUGUCAAGAAGCCAGAAAAGAAACCAUCCUUUUCAACACCUCUUCCAAAAGAAAACAACAAGAUGGAAGGAGAAGAGAAUUUUUCACUGACAUGUUCUGUGGAAGGCAAUCCUCGUCCAGAAGUAUCUUGGAUUAAGAAUGGAGAGAAAUUAGAGGCAAACGACAACAUCAGUAUGACAUACGACUCUGAGAAGGGGGCGGCCACAUUGACCUUUAAAACGUUGUCCUGUGCUGACAGCGGGAACUACGAGUGUGUUGCUGUGUCGUCUGCUGGCACUGGGAAGUCUAUGGCAACCUUAACAGUCAAGAGUAAGCAAUGUUUGUCUCCCACGACCAAUCAGGCGUUCAUCACGUCACAUCAAGUGCCAGAGAUCAAGCCCAAGUUCUCCAAGGAGCUCAACGAGGCUUACAAUGCCCUCGUAGGGGACAAGGAUGUCACACUGUCUUGUGUUGUUGAUGGUAACCCAUGUCCUGAUGUCUCCUGGUUCAAGGAAGGAAAGAAGGAAAAACUCAUGGACACAAGUAAUAUGAAGCUGAAGUUCACACCAAGUACAGGCCUUGCUGCUCUUGUCUUCACCAGUGUCAGUUUGACAGAUGCUGGAAGUUAUGUGUGUGUAGCAGAUUCUGCCAUAGGAAGCAAAAAGAGUGAGACGUCCCUUAAAGUCACAAAGCCUAAGCGCCCGCCAGUGUUCACAGAUAUGGCUGCGAGUCAGACUGUACCUGUCGGAGGUGUAGCUGUCUUUAAGUGUAUCCUCACUUCAGAAUCCCCAGCCACCUUUACUUGGAAAAAGGGAGACAGUGUUCUUUCAAACACAGACAGGAUCAAGAUUGUAGUAACCAAGACAGACACAAGCCUGACAAUCACCGGUGUCCAGUUUGAUGAUCGUGCCACUUACACCUGCUCAGCCAAGAACGAGGACGGAGAGGAGCACACCUCGGGUGACCUUAAUGUAGAGGAAAAGGGUGUUAAGGGUAGAUGGACUCCAUUAUCAGACGGAGGCAGCAAGUUUGCUGCUGAGGAUGAGGAUGACGUGUUCCUGCCCGAUGAACAAAAGCGGAAAGAGAGUUACAAAUGGGACACGUAUGUUAAGGAUAUAACGAUAUUGGCUGAAGGACACGCCCUUUUCAUAGAGGAAGAAGCUAAACCAGACGUUGUUGAUGGAGCUGUUGAAUCAAAGGUUGCCUUAGCAACAGAGUCAACAUCAGAGUCAGUAAAGGUCGCUGAAUCCAAGUCAGAGACAACAGCCACACAGGAAGUGUCUGUAACUAAGGAUGAGGUCAAGGUUGUCCAGGCUAAAUCUGAGUCAGUCUCCAAACAGGAAGUAUCAGUAAAGAAAGAAGAGGCCAAGGUCACUCAGGUCACUUCAGAAUCUGUGUCGGCAGCAGAGUCUACAGUACAGGUACUGGAGGAACUUGAGUCCUCUGUCAGCAAGCUUAACGAAACACUGAGUCAAUCACAAGAAACAAGUGUUACAACAAGCACAUCAGACAGCAGAAUAGAAAUUGUGGAAGUUACAGCAAGGCAUGUGACCAAAGAAACCACAGACUCUGCAAGUGAGUUGCGUCACCGCCAUCACGACCACCAUGGACCGGAAAUCAUCAUCCCUGCAAGUUCAACCCAGAUUCCUGAACACAGUGAGGUGGAGCUGAUGGUAAAAGUUCGAGCGGCUAAACAGGCCAAUGUUCGUUGGAUGCAUGAAGGCCAGGUUGUACAACAGUCAGGUCACUACGAAAUGUUGGAGGAGGAAGAAGCUUUAAGCAAGUAGAUCUGUACCUAUGUCAUUCAGCACUACCUAUGAAUACAUGUCGUAGAGAAUUGAGAGGAUACAAGUCACUCCCCGCAUAUUGUAUCCAGUGCCAUAUAUGGAAUGAGUUGUCUAGGAUAGUCUCCAUAUAUAAUUGAUGAUGAUGGUAUAGAACUGUAGCACAGUGAACCGAGAGCAAGAAAAUGAUAAAAUAUACUGUUGCUAGAACACUAACAACAUGAGGUUCCUAUAACUGAAGAUAUAGACAGAACUGGUUUUGAAGAUGUGCUCAUCGUAUAAGUGACCUGAAUUAGAGAUUUACAAUCUGUUUUUAACUUUGUCUUACUCUAGUGUAUGCAAAUCACAAUCAUGCUACAGGUCAUGGUAGACAAAAAUGCAUCAAGCCUUUUAACCGUCAUAUUGUUUGUCUAGGAUGCAGAAUAAACACCUUAGUUGUAUUCAUUUACCAAUAUCCCAUCUGUAUGUUUGUAUGAUCCAAAUUUUCAUGACAAAUGUCACAUCAUCCUGUAUUAUAAUAUCUAGGCUGAUGUUGCCUAAUUGAUUACAAUGUCAAAUAUCAGAGCGAAACCACAUUUAUUUAGAAUAAAAAAAGUUGUGAAUCUUUUCAUGGGAGAUAAAUCUUGUACAAGUGGAAACCAUUUACCUUUCUACAAGAAUAUACCUGUUUUGUUUUAAGGAAUGAUCGAAAGGAUGUUAGAAUUCAUGUAUUUUUUAUACUAAUAGUUUUUGUGUCAGAAAAAAAAUCAAUGAAAUUAGUAGAAAAAAUGUAAAAUUUUCUAUAUAAAAAUCUUGAUUUAGUGGUUUUUAUCCUACCUGAUUUGUUACAAAAGACAGCAAAAUCUACUCGUCUUUCAUAGCUAGGCUUGUGAGAAUUGAAUAAGUUUGACAAGGUUGUAAUAUUGAUGAUACGAUCCCUUGUUAUCAUACCUUUCCCGGUCACUUUGUGUGGUAAUUAGGGUACAUACCAUAGUGAUGUCAUAUCUCACCUUGUUAAUCUUGUAGGUUUUUCCAUCAGUCUUUCCCUCCCUACACUUCACAAUGGACUUAUCAAUCUCAUGGAUGGGUCCAUUGUGAGAUGUAGGGGUGAGACGACUCAUCACACACAUUCCUUGUUUUCUAUUUGUAGAGAGUUCUCUGUGGUAUAUAUAUAUAUAUUUACACUAACUUAUGCUGUGAUUAGUAAAAAACCAAUACAUUGUGUGGACCUCACCACUAUCUGUAUAUUGAAUACACUACUAUCUACCACGGGGAAAGGAUUGUUUGUGAGAAAAUAAAGUUGAAAACCUCCACAUAAA